AAGCAUCUGCUUCUGUCUCUCCCAAGGACCCGCUCGGCCAGAGGAAUUAGCAGCUCUGCCUGUGUCCGAUGGAGAAUCACGCCGGGAAAUAAGGAGCCCGCGGAGCCGUGCGAGCCGGGAGCCGGGCGAAGCCGGGGAGGCGCCGUGCAGCACCUUGGACAGCGCACGCAGCAAACAUGGCUCCGAUCACAGCUAGCAGGGAGGAAUUUGAUGAAAUUCCUACAGUGGUUGGAAUCUUUAGUGCAUUUGGCCUUGUCUUCACAGUCUCCCUAUUUGCUUGGAUCUGCUGCCAGCGCAAAUCGUCCAAAUCUAAUAAGACCCCUCCAUACAAAUUUGUCCAUGUGCUGAAAGGGGUUGACAUUUAUCCAGAGAAUCUCAACAGCAAGAAGAAGUUUGGAGCAGAUGACAAAAGUGAAGGAAAGAACAAAUUGGCGAUGCCAAAGAAUUCUCUGCAUCUUGACCUGGAGAAGAGAGAUCUGAAUGGCAACUUUCCCAAAACAACACCCAAAAUCCAGAGCUCCUCAGAUCUUGAGAACUUGAGUCCAAAGCACUUUACAGAAAGGGAGAAAGAUUCAAUAUCUCCUGAUAGCUUAAAGUCCAACAUGUCACUGUCUUCUGAAGAGAAACAAGAAAAGCUAGGAACUCUCUUUUUCUCUUUAGAGUACAACUUUGAGAAGAAGUCAUUUGUGGUGAAUAUCAAAGAAGCACGUGGGUUGCCAGCAAUGGAUGAGCAGUCAAUGACUUCUGAUCCCUAUAUCAAAAUGACAAUCCUACCCGAGAAGAAGCACAAAGUGAAAACCAGAGUGCUGAGAAAAACCUUAGAUCCAGCUUUUGAUGAGACCUUCACAUUUUAUGGGAUCCCCUAUAGCCAAAUUCAAGAUUUAACCCUUCAUUUUAUGAUCUUGAGCUUUGACAGGUUUUCCAGAGAUGACAUCAUUGGAGAAGUCCUCAUUCCUCUCUCAGGAAUUGAGUUGUCCGAGGGAAGGAUGCUAAUGAACAGGGAGAUCAUCAAACGUAAUGUUAGGAAGUCAUCUGGGCGUGGAGAAUUGCUGAUCUCUCUCUGUUACCAAUCUACAACAAACACUCUGACCGUGGUUGUUUUAAAAGCUCGACACCUACCCAAAUCUGAUGUCUCAGGAUUAUCAGAUCCUUAUGUCAAGGUGAACCUGUACCAUGCUAAGAAAAGAAUCUCUAAAAAGAAAACCCACGUGAAGAAAUGCACCCCCAAUGCAGUAUUCAAUGAAUUGUUUGUCUUUGACAUUCCUUGUGAAGGCCUUGAUGACAUCAGCAUUGAAUUUUUGGUGUUGGAUUCUGAUAGGGGGUCCAGGAAUGAGGUCAUUGGCCGAUUAACCCUGGAAGCUUCAGCAGAAGGAACAGGUGGAGAGCACUGGAAGGAAAUUUGUGAAUAUCCUAGGAGACAGAUUGCCAAAUGGCAUAUGCUCUGUGAUGGUUAGCAGCUUAGAAAUGGGUUGGAACUUAAUAAAUAUUUCCAUAGGCAAGGAGCAAUUUUCUUUCUUUGCAAUGUAUAAUUACAGGCUUGUAACAACAAGACAUUUUUUGUUAAGACUGGAUUGAAUUAUCAGAAGAGAAGGUAACUGAAUUUUCACAUUAAACAAAGUUGUUUCAAAUCCAUAGGAAUUUAGCAUAAUUUAAUAAGAGAUUCGUAUUCUGCUGGAGUUUAUAUAGCUGUACACUUCUGAAGCAGUGUAAACUUCAAUAAGAACAACUACUCUUUUAUGAAUAACUCAUGGGAAAUCCUAGAUUACUGCUAUCAUGGAGAAGAUUAUAACCUCAUUAAUAUAUAUUGCUAGAUCUAGGAAUAGCUACUUGGAUUUUUCAUUCUAAAAAGUGGGGGCAGGGAGGAAAGUGAGUGGAAGAGAAAGUUCCUUUGGGUUAACCUUGUAUCAGAAACCUUCUCUUAUGAAAAUUCAACCACCUUUUCAUAAAUUUAGGAUACUCCUGUUUUGAUCAACCCAAAGACUGAAGAAAUUUUCAACAACUGGCUUUUACAUAUCAUAUUACAUCAUGUGCAAAUAGUUGUUCUAUGUGUGAAAUAUUGUAUAAUCAUUUGUGUUUGGGAUUUUUUUAAUAAAAUGGCAUUUUAUUACAAUGGAUGGAAUAAAUACAUUCUAAAAGUCAGUUAACAAAUCAAAACUAAUAGUUUUACCAAAAGGGCUUGGUUCUAGGUGAGUGAAUGUGUCCCAAUAUUGUUAGGAUUUGUGAUUUAGGUAUAGCCUGCAAUUUUCCCCCCUGAAAGGUUAUACACUGAAUAUUUCUAGCCAAGGUAAGACAAGAUAAUGCCAUAUAAGGGAUAUUACAACAAAUGGCCUUACACCUAUUUUAGUUGAAAAGGCUUAGUGGUGCUUAAAAAAUAGUGUUUAAAAUAUGUUUCUAUUCUACUUCAUUGAACUAAAACAAAAUAAUAAAACAA